AUGGGUAAAGCCAAAAGAACAAGAAGAUUUGCAGAAGUUAAACGAUUACUCAAUCCUAAUGAUUCUAGAUUAAAGAGUGUCCAAGAUAAAUUGAAAAAGAAGGAAGAAGAGACUGAGAAGAAUGCUGUUAGAAAUGUUCCUCAAGUGGCUUCUUCUUUAUUCUUCAAGUACAACACUGCACUUGGCCCACCAUAUCAUAUACUGGUUGAUACAAACUUCAUCAACUUCUCGAUACAAAACAAGUUGGAACUUGUACAGUCAAUGAUGGACUGUUUGUAUGCUAAAAGUAUACCAUGUAUAACCGACUGCGUUAUGGCUGAAUUGGAAAAACUUGGACCUAAAUAUCGUAUUGCCCUUCGCGUUGCUCGUGAUCCUCGCUUUGAACGAUUGCCUUGUUUGCACAAAGGCACUUACGCCGACGAUUGUAUAGUACAACGAGUCACACAGCACAAAUGUUUUAUAGUAGCCACAUGUGAUCGGGAUCUCAAACGAAGAAUACGGAAAAUACCUGGAAUACCGAUAAUGUAUAUCUCUCGACGUAAAUAUACGAUCGAGAGAUUACCUGAGGCAUAUGGAGCUCCUCUUUGA